CGGACUUUCUCUCAGUGUAGAGAACGGGUCUCGGAUACUUUUUUUGGGUAUUUAGAGUUCUCCGUGCUGUUUUCCUCAACGCGUCCUUGAGAGUCACCUGUUUUGUUUCUUCCAUAAUGGAUUUAAAAUUCUUUUCUGAUCUACAGCAAUCGCUUGAAGAAGACACUCAAAGAAGAGACGAAAUUCGUAAUGCUGUCAAGGAGUUAGACAGAAUCUGCCGCCGAUUGAAUGCGACACUUGGUCAUAUUCAUGCAGACCCAAAUGGACCAGUACCAGCUAUUGACUUUACUCCUGUACAAGAACAACUAUCAACACUUGCAAAGCUGAUUCCUCCUCAUGAGUUUUACAUAUACAAUGACAUAUGGGCUCGUACUACCCAACAAGCAGUUUUCUUGGUCAUAUUUGAAUCGUAUUUGAAAAAUGGGGAGCUUGUGGAUGAUAUUAUACCAGCUGUGGAAUCAUCACUUGGAGUCAAGGUGGAUAUUCAUAAUAAUGCUGAUGAAUUUCAUAUUCAACUUGAAGAUAUACUUCAUGCGUAUAUCUCGCUUGUAAACGAACUGUCGCGAUUAGCUAUAAACUGUGUAACUGUGGGUGAUUAUGAGAGGCCCUUGGUGAUUUCUAAACACGUUAAAGAUCUAAGCUCAGGAUUUCAAUUGCUCAACUUGAAAAAUGACAGCAUUCGUAAAAGAUUCGAUAGCAUCAAAUACGAUGUGAAAAAGAUUGAAGAAGUAGUCUAUGAUAUUACAUUACGUGGAUUACAUAAUGCAAAAAAAAGAGGAUUGUCCAAUGAAGAAAACGAUCAAGAAAAAAAGGCAAAGACGGCCGAUCAGUAAACUACUGUGUUUCCUAUAGUGAAACACUAUCUUUUUUGCUCUUAUUUGUAAUGCAUACAAAAGUUUAAGAUGGACACUUGUUGGACAUGAAAAAAAUAAAGUAACUUUAUGCUAUUUACCGU